UUUGCCCCUCUUGCUACAAUCAUUAGUGCUGCCGACAUUGAAAGAGUGAAUUUCCCCUCUCUUCGACAGGAGCCUUGGAGACAGAGCUGGACUCGGAACCUGACAGAAGAGGCAAUAUUGCGAUCUCCAUACUCAUUGGUGGACUUAACGCAAUGGAGCCUGCCUUUGGGGAGGUGAAUCAGCUAGGUGGUGUAUUUGUGAACGGCAGACCACUUCCAAACGCCAUCCGGCUCAGGAUUGUAGAACUCGCCCAGCUGGGCAUAAGACCUUGCGACAUCAGCAGACAACUUCGGGUGUCUCACGGUUGUGUCAGCAAGAUUCUGGCCCGUUACAACGAGACUGGCUCUAUUCUCCCGGGGGCCAUUGGUGGCAGCAAGCCGCGGGUAACUACCCCUACCGUGGUCAAACACAUCAGGACUUACAAGCAAAGGGAUCCUGGUAUUUUCGCUUGGGAAAUUCGGGAUAGACUACUGGCCGAUGGGGUGUGCGACAAAUUCAAUCUACCCUCGGUCAGCUCGAUCAGCCGGAUCCUUCGCAACAAGAUCGGGAAUCUGUCGCAGCAGAACCAGUACGAGUCGAAACAGACACCUCAUCCUGCACCGCAGCCUACGCUUCCGUACAACCACAUCUACUCGUACCCGACUCCCAUCACGGCCACCGGCGCCAAAGUACCAACUCCCCCCGGCAUGCCCACCCUUCCCGGACACAUGGCUAUGCAUAGGAUAUGGCCGUCCUCGCACUCGGUCACCGACAUUCUGGGCAUUCGAUCAAUAACAGAACAACAAAUUAGUGACAGUCCCUCCUUUCCCAGUGCCAAACUAGAAGAAUGGAGCGCUAUAAACAGGAGUAAUUUUCCUCCAGCAAGUUCUGCACUAGUCAAUGGCGUGGAUAAGCCGCACUUAGAACCAGAGGCAAAAUACACACAGACGCCGAAUGGAUUGCCCACAGUGAACAGCUAUGUCACAGCUCCCAGCAUCCCUCCUUACCACCCUCCCACCCAAGUGUCGCCCUACAUGGGGUACAGCGCCACCACGUCGGGCUAUGUGACCGGCCCCACAUGGCAGCCACCCAGUGGCAGUGCCCUCUCUCCCCACAGCUGUGACAUCGCUGCACCGCUGGCCUUCAAGAGUGUGGCCGGGUCCCGCGACACCAUCCACCCGGUUACUGCCUCUGCGCUCUAACAGUCUCCUCCCAGCACAGACAGUAGGCACCGCCGCGUACGCAGAAGAUCAGGGAGAGGGGACUCUCACCGAGUGUGCUCCUGAGAGUAGUCUUACGCCAGUGCAUCGUCACCUCUGCCUUAUUUAUACGGACCUACCCAAGGCCCCAUUUUUCUCUUCCAGCCUUCACAUAGUGUGAAAAUGUGUUUUAAGUCCCCAGCACCCCCACCUCAUUGUUUUUCCAAGGACAGAUUGAUAUAGAAUGGGAAAUGCCUCUCCGUCCAGCUUGAUGAACAUCAGUGGGCCUUCAGCCAUCAGCAGUGACAGGGUGACAGAGCACGAAUGACCCUGGUGUGCACUGGCACUGUGAUCACUCCGGCCCAUCUUCUCCACGACAUGCCCUUUGGGGGGAAAAAACUCAGUGUAUGGAAAAAUGCAAGCCUUUCUCUUUUAUUUGUGUGCACUUCUCUACAAGUUAUUUUGUGAA